ACGAAGUGAUCAAAUGAAUGCCACACGAAGACGCUUGGUGAUGUGCCACGUGAACUAUCUAUUGCGCGUAAGAUCUCUUUCCCCAUUCUUUCACCUUCCCAUUUCGCAUCAAAUCAAUGGCUGCAACCACCACUCUCUCCUUCCAAUAUCCAUAUCCAACGCUCCCUUCGCACUCUCAGUUUUCUCUCUCUUCACCUUCUUCCCGCUUCAAACCCUACACUGUUGCUUCCCGCUACAAUCUCUGCAUCUCCACCACCACCACCCUCUCUCUGUUGGCUUUCCGAAGCCCAAGCUCUCCGACGUUUCUCGCAAAGGCUUCUCGGAACACUCAGCCCAUGCUCCCUCCUUUCAACGUUUUGAUUACUGGCUCAACCAAAGGAAUAGGGUAUGCAUUGGCGAAAGAGUUUUUAAAAGCUGGUGACAACGUCCUGAUUUGCUCAAGAUCAGAUGAAAGGGUAGAAGCUGCUGUCCGGAGCCUGAGAGUAGAAUUUGGGGAGCAGUAUGUGUGGGGAACUAAAUGUGAUGUGAGAAAUGCAGAGGAUGUGAAGAAUUUAGUUUCAUUUGCUCAAGAAAAAUUGAAAUAUAUUGAUAUAUGGCUAGCAACAAGCAUUUCACUUCCACUCUCCUCCUUAGAAAUUAUGCAGAUCAACAAUGCUGGAUCAAAUGCAUAUAGCUAUAAGCCACUUGUUGAGGCUUCAGAUGAAGAUCUUAUAGAGGUGGUUACAACAAAUACACUUGGCUUGAUGAUAUGUUGUCGAGAGGCAAUCAAGAUGAUGGUGGACCAACCUCGAGGAGGUCAUAUUUUCAAUAUUGAUGGAGCAGGUUCGGAUGGGAGGCCAACUCCUAGGUUUGCUGCAUAUGGAGCAACAAAGAGAAGUGUGGUGCACUUAACGAAGUCAUUACAGGCAGAAUUGAAGAUGCAAGAUGUUAAAAAUGUUCUAGUGCAUAAUCUUUCGCCAGGAAUGGUUACAACGGAUCUUCUCAUGUCCGGUGUUAAUACAAAGCAGGCAAAGUUUUUCAUUAAUGUCUUGGCAGAACCGGCUGAAGUGGUUGCAGAAUACUUAGUUCCAAACAUUAGAUCCAUCCCUGCAAACGGAUCAAAGAAACCAACAUACAUUCGAUUCCUCACCGGUUUGAAAGCCUAUUCCCAGAUAUUUUCAAGAUUGGCAUUCGGAGCAAGAAGGAACCGAUACAUUCUUGAAGAUUGAACUUCAUGAAAGUUUGUGCAAUUUGCUACUUUCAUUUCUGUUUUAGAUGUCAAUUCAACCCCCGUCCAUUUAUUUUUAAAUUUUAAGCCAUUCUUUUCUA